UUUUAAUUAGCAAAGAAAUAUUUUCCUUUUUUCGCGUGAAUACGCGAUAAUAUAAGAAAAAAAAUAAUUCAAAAAAACUGUCACAUCCAGUAUUUGUGCAUAAUAACUUGAGUUUUUUAAAAAUUUUAACAUGGAUUACAAUAUACAUAAAAUAUGUCGUGUGUGCUUAGAGGAAGGUGCUUUGACAUCCAUUUAUAGUACUGAAUUCGCAAUGACUCCGUCUACAAUGAUGAUGAUGUGUGCCAAAAUUAGGGUAUAUAAAACAGAUGGACUUCCAGCUGUUAUAUGCAAUAACUGUAUAUAUAGACUUGGUGUUGCAUAUCACUUUAAGCAGGAGUGUGAAAAUUCCGACAUCAGGCUACGGCAAUACUUGGGUCUACCAGAUAGAGGAUAUGGUAUUUGUGAUGCAGAAACUAACACAGAAUCCACAGUGGGAUUGAAUAAUAAGUGCCAUCAGUAUUUGACGCAAGAUAUUGAUAACUCUGACGAUGAGGAGCAGAAUAUUAAUAUAACCAAAAAAGCUAAACGUCGUUCACGUUAUGAACGCAAACCGCCAGAGGAACAUAAAAAGCGUGGUCCUAAGCCACUACCAAAAUUACCACAAACCUGCUAUGAUUGUAAUAAGACUUUUAAAUGUGCUGCACAAUUGCAGAUGCAUAUUCGCACACAUACUGGUGAAAAACCCUAUCAGUGUAACUAUUGUCCACGUAGAUUUGCGCAGAAAUACAAUUUACAAAUUCACGAACGUACCCACACAGGCGAGAAACCCUUUCAGUGUGAAAUCUGUUCAAAACAAUUUUCUGCGCUUGGUAAUUUUCAAGCACAUCAAAAAAUUCAUACUGGUGUACGUGAUCAAUUGUGCCCUGUGUGCCAGAAAUCUUUUUACACGAAUGGCGAUUUAUCUAAACAUAUGGUUAUACAUACUGGUCUUAAAAAUCAUCAUUGCGAUGUGUGUGGCAAAGCCUUUGGUCGACAACGUGACAUGCAAGCACAUAAGCGUAAAAUGCAUGCCUUACAUGAUCGUAGUGAAGAUGAUGACGAACCUGUCGAUGCCGUGAGCGGUGUAGUCAACGAUAGUUUCAAAUGCCCUGAUUGUGAUAAGGAAUUUGCAUCGGCUGGUAGUUUAAGUGUGCAUUUUCGUACGCACGGUACCAAUAAUUUACUCAAUUUGCCUUUGGUUGGUCAAAUGCAUACGCAUGCGCAUACACACACGCAUCCACAUACACAUCCGCAUCAUUAUCAUCAUCAUACUGCAGCUGUCCCGCCACCACCACCACCGCAUCCACACGAAACCUUACAUACGCAUGCACAUCAUUUAACUUUAAAUACGCCUACAAUACAAACAAAUCCAACAACUGGAAUGGCCAUGGCACAUGCCACAAUGACCCACAUGUUACCCCCACCACCGCCACAUGCAACGCAUGUACCACCACCACCACCGCCGCCAACGCCAUCAGGACAAAGUACACUUAGUAUGAUGCAUGCUGCACAAAGGUUGCAUCCUUAUUAAAGUCUGAAAUUAUUUAUAAAAUUAAAAAAUAAAGACUAACUUAUAUAUAUAUGUA